CCCGAAGUGUACAAAACUGCUAGGUUAGCUCUCUUAGCCUUGGAUUUACAUUGCACUGUUAAUUCCUUACUAUCACGACACUCCUUUCUGCAAUGGCCGAUGAGUCCAACAGAACUGCGUUUUUAGAGAUUCAGAGUCGCAUGAUCGAAACUACUGUCAAAUUGAAUCAGGUGCAAAACCAGAUGCGAAACAAGGAGGGAGAAAAGAAGCGUGCUUACUUAACAUUGGAGGAGUUGCGACAACUGCCUGACGAUACAAAUACUUACAAAUCUAUAGGGAGAACGUGUGUAGUUUAUGAACCAAAUGAAUUCAGUUAAAUCAUGAUUUAUUGGGUGUUUGGAAUUGAAAUAGAUACAUGCUCUCAUGAAUAUCCUCCUCUCUGUUUCUUUCUGUGUCUCUAUCUUUGUGUGUGGCCAGGUUUGUCUUGGAGCCAAAGUCUGUUUUAAUGAGUGAACAAGAUCAGAAGAUAAAGGAUAGCGAGACUGCAAUAGCCUCAUGCAGGUUAGCUCUCUUGGCCUUGGAUUUACAUUGCACAGUUAAUUCCUUACUGUCACAACACUCCUUUUUGCAAUGGCCGAUGAGUCCAAUAGAACUGCGUUUUUAGAGAUUCAGAGUCGCAUGAUCGAAACUACUGCCAAAUUGAAGCAGGUGCAAAGCCAGAUGCGAACCAAGGAGGGAGAAAAGAAGCGUGCUUACUUAACAUUGGAGGAGUUGCGCCAACUGCCUGACGAUACAAAUACUUACAAAUCUAUAGGGAGAACGUUUGUCUUGGAGCCAAAAUCUGUUUUAAUGAGUGAACAAGAACAGAAGCUAAAGGAUAGUGAGACUGCAAUAGCCUCACUGCAGACCUCAAAGGAAUACUUGGAAAAGCAAAUGGCCGAGGUAGAGAACAACUUGAGGGAGCUUUUGCACCAAGAUCCAGGUCUUGCUCGACAGAUAAUGUCCAUGAGUGUAAUGUAAGUUUGCUGUUUUUCACAACUUAGUACAAUGUGUUUUACAUUUGAAGGGAAGUUGUAAGUUAUGAUAAGAAAUGUGUUGAAAUUUCUGGAAUGAAUGCUUAUGUAAUUGCCUUUCUGGAUAGUUUAAAUUGUCUGUAAUUUAGGUUAA